AUGUGGCAACCACGGGACAUAAGUCAAAUUUGCUCAGAAACGCAAUCAAACUUAACGCAAUGUUCUCCAGCCGGGUUUAUGUAUCUGGCACUGCUAGUUCGUCUUUUCGGUGGAGUGAAUUAUACUGUUAAUGAGGAUACUGAACGGUCAAAGGAAAAUAAGGAAAAUAAAUUUAGUAGCGGAAAAGAUAAAGAUGAGACAAAAGAAAGCCAUGAAUAUGAUUUCAUUAUUGUUGGGGCUGGAUCAGCUGGUUGUGUGUUAGCAAACAGAUUAUCAGAAGAAGAACAAUGGCGGAUACUCUUGAUAGAAGCUGGAUCUGAGGAACCAGAUAUAACAAUGAUACCAUCAUUAUACAAAGCAUUAAAAGGAUCUUCGUUAGAUUGGAACUAUAGCACACAACCGGAAGAAAUGAGUUGCAGAUCCAUGAAAGGACAUACGUGUGAUUUUACUCGUGGAAAAACCAUGGGAGGUUCGAGCGCUAUAAAUACCCUUUUGUAUAUGAGAGGUAAUAGACGUGAUUAUGACCAUUGGGAGGAAAUAGGCAACUAUGGAUGGGGCUAUGAUGAGCUCUUGCCUUACUUUAGAAAAUCUGAAAAUAAUAAAGCUGUUGAAGCAUUUGAUACGUAUCAUCACGGAACAGGUGGACCUAUAACUGUAGAGAGAUAUUCUUAUUAUGAUAUUAAUAAUUUUAUGAUUCUCGAAUCAUUUAAAGAAUUGCAUAUCCCAGAAAUAGAUUUAACUGCAGAAGAUAAUAUUGGUGUCAACAUAGGUUUAUCAACUUCUAAAGACGGAAGAAGGGUAUCAGAAAAUGUGGCUUACAUCAAACCCAUUCGUGAUGUAAGAAAGAAUCUUGAUAUUAUAACAAACGCUUUUGUGACCAAAUUAAUUAUAGACCAUGAAACAAAAACGACCUUAGGUGUUACCUAUGAGAAAAAUGGCAAAUCUUACAAUGUUUAUGCUAAAAAGGAAGUGAUAUCUAGUGGUGGAACUGUUAAUUCCCCAAAAUUAUUGAUGGUAUCUGGUAUUGGGCCUAGAGAGCAUUUGGAGAGUUUGAAUAUAUCUGUUGUUGCUGACUUAUCUGUCGGUCAUAACUUACAAGACCACGUUACUACAAACGGUUUUAUUAUGUCUCUGUCGAAUAAAACUGCCACCAACGUUAGCUCUGAGCAAUUGUUAGAAGAGGUGCAACGGUACCAUGACCAGGAACCGAAAAAGUAUGGACCAUUGGCGACAACAAAUGUUGCCGGUACUACUGCGUUUAUAAAAACUAAGUACUCUCGUGAAAGUACACCAGAUAUACAAUUUAUUUUUGAAGGUAUUAAUAAUGUUGCAGAGUUUUAUUCUGAUCCGCAGGCUUAUUUAACGAGUGACACUUUUACUGCUUCUUUUGAUAGACUUUUCUGUAAACCUCUUUUAAUAAAACCAUGCAGUAGAGGUAUCAUUUUGCUUAAUAAUAACGACCCUGUUCACGGGAACCCUCUAAUUUAUCAGCGUUUUUUUACUGAGAAGGAAGAUAUAGAUGUUCUUAUAGAGGGUUUUAAGUUUAGUGUAAGUUUAGAAGAAACUGAAGCAUUUAAAAAAUUUGGAGCGCAUUUUGUACUUACUGAGUAUACUGCUACUAUUUAUCAUCCUGUUGGAACUUGUAAAAUGGGACCUUCAUCGGAUAAAGACGCAGUUGUCGAUCCUAGAUUACGGGUGUACGGUGUCAAACGGUUAAGAGUUGUUGAUGCAUCUGUAAUGCCGUUUAUACCUAGAAUCAAUAUAAAUAUACCAACAGUCACAAUAGCAGAAUAUAUAUCGGAUCUAAUCAAAUCUGAAUAUAAGCAAUAA